UCGAUUUACCUCUUUUCCCAAUUUUCAAAAAUUUAUUGAUGCUAAAACAGUUGUUUGUAAAUGUGGCAUAACUAUUUCACUUGGUAAAGCCUAUCAAGUUUCUAAUUUUCAAAGACAUUCUCAAAGUAAUAAUUGUACAUAUUGUACAAAUAAUCAACCAAGUAUAAAAGUCUUUUUUUCAAAAAUUGAAUCAGAGAAAGAUAAUGAUGAUGAUAAUAAACCAAAUAAUGAGAAAAAUAGUAAACGAUAUAUCUUUAUGUGUCAAGGUCUUAAUGACUUAGAACAUGUUAAUUAUAUUAUAAAUAGUCCAGCUAGUUUCGGUGGUGGUAAAAAGCCUGAAAUUGUAGCAAAAGAACUUUUUCCUGAAAAGUUUUCAGAAAAUGCUUCUUUUACUAGAAAAAAACUUAGUAAUAAAGAGCGGAGAGAAUUUGAGAGAGCAUUGGAAUUUGAAGCAACUUGGCGUUUGGAUAAAGAAGCUUUAGCAAUAUAUCAUAUGCAAUGUGAAAAAAAAACAAAUAAUAAGAGUGCUAUAUGUAAUAACUGUGAGCAAUUAAAAUCUAACAAACGUUUAAAUCAAGCACUCAAAGCCAAACAGGCAACAAGUAUUUGCUAUCUGAAAGUAGUCGUGAAUAUGAAAUUUUUAGAAAAGCUUUUGCUGGACUUUCAAUUCAAAGAAUUCGAUUCUACAACAAUUACUAAUCCUGAUUUAAUAUUAGAAAAUUUUAUAAAAUUUUCACAAAUUGUAUCAAGUAUUAAUUGGAAUGGACCAAUUGUAGUUAUGACAGAUUCUACUAAAUUGCGACCAAAACUUGUAUAUGCUG